AUCGAUAUCGGGUGGCGUUUUUGUUAUGAUUUUGGAUUACAUGGUUGGUUUAACCCGAAAUACCAUGCUGAAAACUCGGGGUAUUGUGCUUGGCAUCAGCAGGUCGUACACCGCCAAGGCGAAGAGGGGUGUGCUGGCGCAGGACAAGUCGAAGAUCAAGGAGUACUCACCGAAGACGACGGACAGCCAUGAGCACCGAGUUUACGUGUGGGGCUUUCAGGAAACCGGCGCUCUCGGUCUCCAGACCAACGUGAAGAAGGCCAAGGAACGCUACACGGAGAUGGUGCACCAUCCCACCCGCUUGCAGUUCUCCAACAACAACGAAAUCACGGAUGUGGCCGCCGGCUACGGGUUCACGGUCUACGCCGUGAAUAGAGAUGACGGAGAGACGCUCUUUGGCAGCGGUUUGAACACCGACUCCCAACUGGGUUUCCAGGUGAAGGGAAAUCCCAAUGAUCCGGCCAACCUUGACGUGAUCAUUUAUCCUACAGCCAUUAAACUGCCGAGAGUUCAGGGAGAAACAGACGAGGACAUGCGUGUGAAGAGCAUGUCGGCGGGUAGAGCUCACCUGGUGGUUCUGACCCAAAACGGAACCAUUUUCACCCUGGGAAACAAUUCGUACGGCCAAUGUGGCCGCUCCAUCAUAGAGGAGGAGCGGUACAGCAAGAGUGCCCUGAUCCACAGGAUAUCGCAGGAAGAUAUAUGCGGCAAGGAGGAUGAGGUGGUCCAGGUGGAGUGCGGCCAGGACCACAGCAUGUUUCUUACCAAAAAGGGACGCAUUUACACAUGUGGCUGGGGUGCGGAUGGUCAAACAGGUCAGGGAAACUACCACACCGCCGGGCAGAUAACCCUGAUUGGAGGAGAUGUGGAAAAGGAGAAGAUUGUGCGGCUCAGCUGCUCCUCGGACUGCGUUUUGGCCCUUAACGAGGCGGGCGAUGCCUUUGGCUGGGGCAAUUCUGAGUACGGACAGCUAGAUGACUCAGAGCUGGCCGAAACCCAAAUAAAUAUCCCUAGAGCUCUCAAACUAACGAAGUCCAUCGGGAAAAUCAAGGAUGUGGCUGCGGGAGGCUCAUUUUGCAUGGCCCUCAACGACCAGGGUCUGGUGUACACCUGGGGCUUUGGCAUCCUCGGCUUCGGACCCUUCGUGGAGCAAACAUCCAAGCCGCAGCAUCUGUUGCCGCCUUUAUUCGGACGAAAUGACUUCAGCAACGAAACCACAGUGGUUUCCAUCGGAUGCGGAGUGUUUCACAUGGGCGCCGUCAACUCGGACGGAGAUCUCUUCAUGUGGGGCAAGAACAGGUUCGGGCAUCUGGGGCUGGGACACAAGAAGGACCAGUUCUUUCCCUUUAAGGCGGCCAUCAACGGAAAGGUCACCAAAGUGGCCUACGGAGUGGAUCACACCAUUGCCUUGUGCAAGCCGUUCUUCUAGAUUAAGCUGUUUGUUUUAGAUUAGUUAACUUAAAGUAUACUCUAGUCGAAAAUACUAUUGCCAGUGGCAGCCCAACCAAUAAAGAUCACACUGCUAAAGAUCAC